AUGCGCUACAUCAGUAAAGGCUUAACGCCUGAGGAGGCCAAAAAGAAGGUUCUGGACCGGGAGAAGACCAGUGACAGCGCACGGGGCGCUGGGGAGAUUAGUGCUCCGAAAGGUAAUCCGGAGAAUAAGAAAGUCCUGGACGGGGAAAUUAGUCCUCCGGAAGGGAAGCCAGAGAAGAAGAGGAGACGUCUCGAAGCAGUGGCCCCAAAACCCAAGGCAGGGGCCAGGAAGCCUGGUGUUACCUAUGCUAGCCCCACUAAGCGUAUUAGACUGGCUGUUCUGCCGAAGGCUUUCGCUGAAAGCACAGUCACUCGUGAGGAUGAGGGAAAGAUUGAGGACGCCUUUGUGGAGGAGAUGGGUAAGGGUUGGAGGUCAAUACUCCAAUCCGACGGCAUCCACUUUCGGCCAGGCCUUAUACUGGUCGACUGCUUGGAUGCAGAAUCAGCCGAAUGGCUGCGCUUAACUGUUCCACAACUGCCUGAUUGGGAGGGCGCGGAACUGACUAUGUGCGAUGGGGACAACAUACCCAGGGUGCACGUGAUCACUCCGUACCUACGUAAAGCUGGAGGAGUGGACACGCAGAAACUAUUGAACCUCUUUAUAGCCCAAAAUGAGGGAAUGCAUACCGACCUAUGGAAGGUAUACAGGAGCAAUGAUGAGAAAACGGGUAAUCUGCUGACGAUCGGGAUAGACGACCGGUCGUUGGAAGCUAUCAAGAAGAAAAACUGUAUCCUACGAUACAGAUUUGGUAGUGUUCCAGUGCAUGUGCGCAAGGGCAGGGAACCGAAGGCGAAGGUGACCAAGCCGAAUACUUCACCGGGUGUUCCUGGAAUACCGGAGGAGGUGGCUGAGAUGGUUGCUGUGGAAUCAGCCAGAAGCGCGGUAGUAGAGGAAGUUAGUCUUCUACCUCACGAGAUCGAGGGUAUCGACGACUUUGAUCUCGGCCUAAUGACCAUUUGUGCUGAUGACGACUCGGACAGAGACACCUUGACGAAACCCUGA